AUGGAGGAACAUGACAUAGAAACAACCCAUGGUGUGAUCCACGUCACAACAAGAGGCAUACCAAAGGGAAAUCGACCAGUUAUCCUGACAUAUCAUGACAUUGGGCUCAAUCAUAAAUCCUGUUUCAACACAUUCUUCAACUUUGAGGAUAUGCAAGAGAUCACCCAGCACUUUGCUGUGUGUCAUGUGGAUGCCCCAGGGCAGCAGGAAGGGGCACCCUCCUUCCCAACAGGGUACCAGUACCCCACGAUGGAUGAGCUUGCCGAAAUGCUGCCUCCAGUCUUGGCCCACUUAAGUAUGAAAAGCAUCAUUGGGAUUGGAGUUGGAGCUGGUGCAUACGUCCUCAGCAGAUUUGCACUCAGUCAUCCAGAACUUGUGGAAGGCCUUGUGCUCAUUAACAUUGACCCGUGCGCUAAAGGCUGGAUUGACUGGGCAGCUUCCAAACUCUCAGGCUUGACAACCAAUGUUGUGGACAUUAUAUUGGCUCAUCACUUUGGGCAGGAAGAGUUGCGGACCAACUUAGACCUCAUUCAAAGGUAUAGACUUUGUAUUGCCCGAGAUAUCAACCAGGAAAACCUUCAGCUCUUUCUGCGUUCCUACAACAGACGCAGAGAUCUGAAAAUUAAAAGACCCAAACCGGGCCAAAAUAACAACAGAUUAAAAACAUUAAAGUGUUCCACUUUACUGGUGGUAGGGGACAGCUCACCGGCUGUAGAGGCUGUGGUUGAAUGCAACUCUCGCCUCAACCCAAUUAAUACAACUUUGCUGAAGAUGGCAGAUUGCGGGGGGUUGCCCCAAGUAGUUCAGCCCGGGAAGCUCACCGAAGCCUUCAAGUACUUUUUGCAGGGAAUGGGUUACAUACCGUCUGCCAGCGUGACCCGACUCACCCGAUCACAAGCCUACUCAACCUCGAGUAGCAUGGGCUCUAGAGAAAGUCCCUUCAGCAGGUCUGUCACCAGCAAUCAGUCAGAUGGAACUCAAGAAUCCUGUGAGUCCCCUGAUGCCCUGGACAGACACCAGACCAUGGAGGUGUCCUGCUGA